AUGGCUAGUAACAAUAUUACAGAAAAAAGUCCUAAUUUUUGCUUUGCUGAUGUGGAUGUAUUACCAAAAGGUAUGUUGUCAGCGAUAGAAGGUUAUCAGAAAAUGCCAUUGGUGACGUUUGAGGAAGCUGUGAAACCUCUUAUGAAAAUUGUACCUGAAAUCGAACGAAAUGUAUUUAUAGUCAAACAGAACUGUCAAGAACCAGAAGAUGGUUUAACAAUUGACGAAUCAGCUGCAAUUAUGCUUUACACCUAUGAAUGGACACCACAUGAAGACUCUAUACGUUAA